GGUGUUAGUGUGUUCCAACAUACAGUCAUUUGCGCUUGGAAAUAUUUCCUUUUCAUGCGUGUCAACAAUUCCUACUGUUAUUGUUUAAUUAUUGUGUGUAUUUUUGUGCGCGUGGCUAUCGUGAAUCACAUGUAACAGAAUGUUGAUUGACUUGCUAUCGUGAUGCUGAGGGCGGUUGGGGAUAUAAACCAAGUGCACCUUCAUAUUUUGCCGGGAUAUACGCUCCCAUGUUGCAGUUCAAGCUAUUUUUUCCCCAAAACAUUUUUCGUUGUUUACGUUUUACUUUCGUAUGUGGUAUGGAGAACACACGCAAGAAAAAAUGACGACGGGGAUCUUACCUAGUUACACUGACAAAACUAUGACGUACACGAUGCGAUUUUAAUAAUAGUAAUAAUAAUACUAUUUAGGGCAAUGAUUAGAAGCUAUCGUGGAUUUGGCCUGCCAAAGUUUCGUUUUGGGACAGAGUACUAACUACAUGAUUUGUAUGCUAGUUGGCUGCAUAGUUGUGCUUGCAAGUUUUGACCCGGCGAUAGUGUAGUGUUAUUUAGGUUAUUUGUUUAUUUGCUAAUAUUAAAUUGGUUUCUGUAUUGAUCUUGGAAAUUGAAGUACAAUUCUUACCAUAUUGGGAUUGUGAGGUCGUUCUGGCUGUUAUUGUUCAUUCUUUUCAAAACUCUAGUAGCAUUCCGAACAUUAAGCUACGUUGAGCCUUUUUACAUAAACGUUUUAAACUGUCCCGUUAUACGUUAGCUUGUUUGGCUGUAUUGUUGUUAUUAUUUAAUUAACAUUAUGUCCCAUGAGCCCAAGAUGAUAAGAAAAUAAAUUCUUACACUGUACAUCCGUUUCUUAAUCACAUUUUGCUUUCAUGUGCCUUCUUUUGGGGUAGCAUUGUCUUCAUUCUAAUUCUGUAAGGUUGCACUGGUUUACAGCUCAAUAUUUUUGUUUACAUCUUAAAUUCAGAUCCAAGCUACUGGUGAGGACGUAAUAAUGACAGCGGAUGGUAGUGGCCCACCACAGCCCUCUCACUGUGACACAAGAUGGUCACAGCAGAUGUCAGGCCUGCCUCACAAGCUCCUGCAGCGCUUGAUGCCUUUCCAACGGGAAGGAGUGCAGUUUGCCUUAUCUAAGAAUGGAAGAUGUAUGAUUGCUGAUGAGAUGGGUCUUGGCAAGACGGUGCAGGCCAUUGCAGUGGCAUACGCUUUCAGGCAGGAGUGGCCCCUCCUUGUGGUGGUGCCCUCAUCCCUCAAAUACCCCUGGAUUGAGGAGCUGGAGCGCUGGAUCCCCGAGCUGCAGCCUGGCGACAUCAACCUGGUGGAGAACAAGAGUGACACCAUGGGUAUUAGCAGGAGUAAGGUCACUGUGCUGGGAUACGGCCUCCUUACUACAGAUGCGCGCCCCCUGGUGGAGGCUCUAAGCAGGCGGAGCUUCUCAGUGGUUGUGGUGGAUGAAUCACACUACCUCAAAUCCAGGAAUGCAGCUCGAACUAACCUUCUGGUGCCUCUCAUUCAGAGCGCCAAACGAGCCAUCCUGCUUACCGGUACACCUGCCCUGGCUCGUCCCGAAGAGCUUUUUAUGCAAAUUGAUGCACUUUAUCCCAAAAUGUUUGGAACUUGGACUGAUUACGCCAAGAAAUACUGUAAUGCCCAUUACAGGUACUUUGGGCCCCGCAGGCAGUGGGAUUGUAGGGGGGCAUCCAACCUUGAGGAGCUGCACCACCAGCUGAACCAGAUCAUGAUCCGUCGCCUUAAGGCUGAGGUGCUUAGUCAGCUUCCCCCCAAAAUCCGCCAGCGCAUCCCGUUCGACCUUCCAAAGGAUGCUGCUAAGGAGGCCACAGCCAGCUUCGCCGAGUGGGAGAGACUGAUGAAGGGAUGUGGGUCAGAGGUUGUUGCCACCAGCAACCCCUUCGCUAAGGUCAUGAGCCUGAUCACACGGAUGUACAAGCAAACAGCAAUUGCCAAGGCUGGAGCAGUGAAAGACUACAUCAAAAUGAUGCUGGACACAGAGCAACUCAAAUUCCUGGUUUUCGCCCAUCACCUCACUAUGCUGCAAGCCUGCACCGAGGCUGCCAUUGAGGCCAAGGCUGGUUAUAUUCGUAUCGAUGGCAGUGUCCCAUCUUCUGAGAGAGUCCAGUUAGUUCACAAGUUUCAGAAUGACCCAGAAACAAGAGUGGCCAUCCUCAGCAUCCAGGCAGCUGGUCAGGGUUUAACCUUCACCGCCGCCAGCCACGUGGUAUUUGCCGAGCUCUAUUGGAACCCCGGGCACAUUAAGCAGGCUGAGGAUCGUGCCCACCGUAUCGGGCAAACGUCGUCUGUCAACGUACACUACCUGAUUGCCAAGGGUACCUUCGACAGCAUGAUGUGGUCCAUGCUCGACAGGAAGGAAACCGUGACAGGUAGCACUCUGAAUGGAAGGAAGGAGUACCUGAAGGCUGAGGAGGGGGACAAAGACAAGUGGGACUUCCUUAACUUUUCCAACGCGUGGACGCCUGGCAAGCUUCUCUUGGAGAAUACUGGACUUGAUGCAGAUGAGGAAGUGUACUUUACGCAUUUUGAAAAGGAGAAACAGCAUGAUAUUCGGAACUUCUUCUCCCCGGGUAUCAGCAAGGAGAAGAAGAGGAAACGAUUGCAAGAUGAAGCGGAGUCGUCUUCCACCUCCUCAGAAACCAACAAUUCUGCAGCUUGCAGUGGAACAAUCUCAGUGACAAAGACGAAAAAGAAAGAAGAGUCCUUUCACACGUCCAUCAUAGACGACUGCGAUUUCUCCCCGCAGAUUAAGAGGAUCCGUGAGUUGCGCUCCAGCCCGAGCCAAAGGUCUGCAUUCAAGGUCAGGCGAUUGUUGAUGCAGGAGGGGAGCACGCCAGCCUGCUUCAUGGCUCAACAUGAGCUUUUGGAGUCAGACCCUUCUUGUGAGACAUGGGCCUGUGGGGUGUGUACGUACUCGAAUAGCAACUUACUGCCUUACUGCGAGAUGUGUGAGUGGCCACGCUCUUCUUCAGGUUUAGUAUCUGAGCCCACCAGGUCUCAGCCACCUCCUGCGGAAAAGGAGCAGAUGUGUCACAUCCUGUCCAGCUCCGACCAAGAACCGGAGCUCAGUUGGCAGAAGUCGCACGCUACGAAAUCGUCCAAAGGCAAACAGAGUGGGGAGGAGGAUGAGCCUCCAAAAGACAAACAGAAAGCAGGAGAGACACAGGGAGGGGACAAGCAGCAGCUCAAAGGCAAACAAUCAACGGGAAAGCAAGGUGGCGGCGGCACUGGCGGUGGCAGCUGCGUCCUCCCUGACCACACUCACGAACUGAAAGCUAAUGACAGUGAGGAAGGUGGUGAUCCUGCAUACCAGUGCCUGCUGUUCUGCGCCAGCCAAUACACAGAUCGAAUAUAUAUCUACGAUAAGGACGCUGCUCCGUUGAACUUGAGCUUCAUCCCCCUAGACAUCAAACUAACCAACUGGGACGACCUGCCUGAGGACUUCAGCCGGCACAGAGAAAAUCGAAUACAGGUUCUGCGCUUCGUGAAGGAAUGGAGUGGCCUGGCAGCCAUGAAGCAGAAGCUGCUUCGGCGUAGCCAUCUCCUCUAUCACAGCCCCACGCUCGGCUUGCAGCAGCUGGCCACCUCCCAGCAACAGCACAACAGCACCAUGAGGUACCUCACUCGGGAUGAGGUGGCCCAGGCUUCGCUGAGCAAGGCCCAGCAGGAGGGAGGCAGCGUACGGCUGGUUGGCAACGAGGACUUCUUCAGGAAGAGGAAGUCGACCUCAUCACUCACUUCAGACAGCCCAGGGAAGGUUGUUGUCGAGCAGCCAACACCAGGGUUCCUGCAGGCGGUGGACUGCCAGGGUGUCCCUUUGUGUCUGUCCUGCCAGAAGGCCUGCUUGACCACUGGCGGGGCCUGGGACACCCGAUUCUGCAGCUACAAGUGCCAGGAGGAGUUCCAGUUGCGCUCCAGUCAGACGUACAUGCGCUCGCGAGUGCUAGAGGCGGAGCGGGGCAUCUGUCAGCACUGCGGCCUCCACGCCCACGACAUAUUUGUGAAGGUCCGCGAUGCACCGCCAUCUCAGCGCAAGGAGAUGCUGGAGAACACUUGGCUCGCCCAGCUGUCACUCAAACAGCUGAACGAGAUGAUCCGUGCUCCAGUGGAAGGCGAUUUCUGGCAAGUGGACCACAUCCGUCCUGUCUACAGCGGUGGAGGACAGUGCUCUCUGGACAACCUGCAAACACUCUGCACCGUCUGCCACAGAGCUAGGACGGCUCAGCAGGCCAAGGAGAGGAGCCAGAUGAGGAAGAGCGCCGCAGCCAACAAGGUUGCGUCAGACAUCAGCAGAUUCUUCAUCAAGAAAUGAGCUCAGCGCUCACUGAGGUGCAUUGUUGAGUCCCAACUGGCACUCACAAGAUGCAUCAUGAUUUUUCUUUGUUAUUGGAAACAAAAGGCCAAACUACUUUGUUAUCCGCACUUUUUUUUCCAUGGCAAUAGCGAACAUGGACAGCAAGCACAUCCCCCUCUCGUCCCCGAACCAUCACAAGUGUAUGGGGGGUUUGAUUUAUUGCAGCCCCCUUUUUGCUUGAGGCGUAAAUGGAGCAGGUUGCUUCAGAGAUGCGUUGCUAUUUUCAGAUUUUGCAAACUUAGUGCAAUGUUGCAGGUGAGCUUGGUGAUAAAUUAGAAACAUACCAUUCAACAAGCAAUGGCUUGUUUGUGUUGCUUUUUGGAAGAUGGAUGACUAUCUUGUGGAAUAAAAACCUAUUUUAUGUA